UAUUAAUUGAAUAUGCAUUGAAAGAAAAUUUAAGUUAGCAAGUCUCAUCUAACUGUUCCCUCUAAUCUCGAUCUUCUCUCUCUCUCUUUUCUCCCGUACGUAUCUGCUUAUACAUAUAUAUGUUCUCAAAAAAAGACAUUAAAGAAGUCGGUCUAAUAAUGUGAUAAUGCGGCGCGCAGUAACAUAAACAAUGCAUUUUAUCAGGACAUAUAGAUAAUGUACAACCCCGAUGAACUCGCGCGGAAUGGAAACGAGACGCAGACUCCGCGUCUGUCGCAGCAUCCAGUAGCUCGGUAGUUUCGACCGAUCUGUAUAGGUAUCUGCGCGAUAAAGAACGACCGGUAAAGCAAUCUGAUUUUCAGCAUGCAUCAAGAGCACGAUGAACGCACGCCGUUAAUUGCGCCGCCAAGAAAGCGAUGUUUUCCGAUACGCAUUUGGAUCUGCGUAAUGAUGUUCACCGCCUGCUGGACCAGCUACUCGUGCCGCUUGCAAAUGCCGAUCCUGGUGGUGCCGAUGAUCGAGGAGGCGCCGGUCAAUUACACGAACGGUGCAUGCGUAUUCGACGAAUCACGACGACGCCGUGACGUCAUCGUCAAUCCGCUCGAUCCAGUCAGCUACCUGGACCAAUACGUUCUGGAUCUCGUCCAGGAGGAGCGGGACAGGAGGCUGCUGGAACGUCGUCAAGCGCAGCCGGUGACACGGCCGGCGGACGCACCCUUCGCGCUCUUCAGCGGCCUGCCGUUCGACUGGUCCCCGACAAUACGGGGUCAACUGCUGGCCAGCUACAGCUACGGCAACGUGCCCGGCAACUUCAUCGGCGGCUGGCUGUCGAUGAGAUACGGGCCGCGCCGCGCGAUCCUCUGGACGUCGGUCGUGGCCGCGGUGGUUUCGCUGAUCAGCCCGUUCCUGGCGCAGUGCCACUGGAGCGCGUUACUGUUCUCCAGAAUCGUCAUCGGUGUCACCGGCGGCACCACGUUCCCCGCGUGCCAUACCAUGGUGGCGAAGUGGGCACCGCCGCACGAACGGGCACGCAUGAUCUGGUCCCUGCUGGGCGGCACGUUCGGCACCAUACUCACCUAUCCGAUGAUAGCCGGUAUCGCGGAGACCAUGAACUGGGAAUCCGGCUGGUACAUACCGUCCUUGCUGAUGGUGAUAUGGAUCUUCGUGUGGGCAUUGGUCGCCUACGACUCGCCGGGGGAACACCCGGGCAUCAGUGCCGAAGAGAAGGACUAUAUUUUAAGCGCUCAAGCGGGAAUUGUGCGGGCUGAGAAACCCCGGUGGAAGCAGACGCCGAUACGGCAGAUAUUAACGUCGGUGCCGUUUAUCAGUCUGAUCAUAUGCCAUUUCGGUAAUCUCUUCCUGCUGUUCUUCUACCAGAACUCGCUCAUGCUGUACCUGACCAAGGCGCUGGGAUUCCAAUUGACGAAGGGCGGCGCCGCGGCCGGCGCGCCGUGGGGCGCCAGGAUGCUGUUCGGAUUCUUCUUCAGCUGGGCGGGUGACACCAUCAAGAGGAAGCAGAUCAUCAGCGUCACCCUUUUGCGCAAAUCCGCGACUAUGUUCUCGCAUUUUCUACCAGGAAUCUUCUUGAUAUUGGUCGGCUACGUCGGAUGCGACUUCGUGCUCGCAAACGUUUUCCUGUUCCUGGCACUGGGCUUCAACGGCGCUGCCCUUAUCUCCAAUCUGUCGAACAAUCAGGAUCUCGCGCCGAACUUCGCUGGUUUCCUUUACGGUAUCAUGAAUACAAUCGGCUGCAUGUCCGGCAUGAUUAUCCCACCGAUAGUCGAAGAGAUAGCCGGCAAAUAUGGGAAUCCGAUCGACAGGUGGCAGACACUCUUCUGGAUCGGUGGCGGGGUGUGCAUUGGCAGUAUGUUCGUGUUCCUGUUCGGAGGUAGCGGUAAUAUACAGAAAUGGAACGAACUUCGACCGCUCGAGGAGGACCCGAAGGAAAACGUGGAGGCUGGGCAAAGAAUGGAGCCUGUCGCGCGACCUACUUAAACGCGACGGUUCUAAAGUUCUAUUCCAAAUCUAGCAAUGACGCGUCGCGAACGGCACGAUAGAAAAAUUUAAUAUUAUUGACAAGAAUGUUCCUAAAUACAAUAGGAAACAUUUAAUUGAAAGACUGAAAAAUGAGAACUUUCUUGGAGGAAGAUUUUUAAAAAUUGAACUGAAGAUUAUCUGAAGAAUCAAGACUUUUCAAAAAAAUUUUGAGACGCUAGGCUGUUUAAAAAAAAAAAAAAAAGCCCAAAAUAAAAAUGUUAAAAAAAAUCUCAUAAAAUGAAGACACUUAAAGAAUGCGUAUGACAAUUGUAUCGCGUAUCGCUCACCUUUGCGUAGCUUCGAGUUCGUUAUUUAUCUACCCUUUCGCAUUUUUGACAAUGUCGUUUCAUUAAAUUUCUUUACACAUUUAUCACAUCCUAUAUUAUAUUUACAUAUAUACCAUCGUCUUAUGUUAUAUAGUUGAAUAAAAAAUUGUCAUUCCUGUUAUUUCAUUUUAUCCUCGCAGUCAACCGAUGCGUAUAUCGGAUGUUUUGAAAUUAUCAAACCGGAACAUCUCGUGUAUACACAAGAAUAGGAUGACAUCAAAAUAAUAAAAGCGUAAUAAUGAAUGUACUCUUUACCUGAA